AUGUCUUCAGUGAUUUCUGACAAAAAGUGGAGCAACCUUAAAUGCAUUCUUGAACGGUCUGGUCCAUUUCAUCGGUCAGAAUUUGAACCGUCAAAUGAACUCUUAAGCAUGGUUAGAGAACAUGUGAAAAUCCUUGUCAUUGGAGCUGGAGGUUUGGGUUGUGAGCUUCUGAAAAACCUUGCUAUGAUGGGGUUUUGUCAUCUGGAGGUCAUAGACAUGGAUAUAAUCGAUAUUUCCAAUUUGAACAGACAAUUUCUGUUCCGAUCUCACGAUGUCGGUAAACCGAAAGCCAAUGUUGCUGCUGAUUUUAUCAUGCGCCGCAUUCCAACAUGCAAGGUCGUCCCACAUUACAAUAAAAUUCAAGAUUUCGGUGCGCCAUUUUAUAAACAAUUUAAUGCUGUGGUUUGUGGUCUUGAUUCAGUCACAGCUCGACGGUGGAUUAACUCUAUGCUGGCAAGUCUAGUUCGUUAUAAUCCAGAUGGUCAACCAGAUCCAAACACUGUCAUACCACUUGUUGAUGGUGGGACAGAGGGAUUCAAAGGACAUGUCCUCGUUGUUCUGUAUGGCCUAACUGGAUGCCUAGAAUGUACACUUGACCUAUACCCUCCACCAACCAAUUUUCCCUUAUGUACUAUAGCGCAUACUCCUCGCCUUCCAGAACAUUGCAUAGAAUAUGUAAGAAUACUGUUGUGGUCAAAAGACAAUCCAUUUGGAGAUAAUGUUGCAAUCGACGGUGAUUCACCUGAACACAUACAAUGGAUAUAUGAAAAGUCAUGUGAAAGGGCUAAACAAUUCGGAAUUUCAGGUGUUACACUACGUCUUGUACAAGGUGUUGUAAAGCGAAUAAUCCCUGCUGUCGCUUCUACAAAUGCUGUAAUCGCAGCUGCAUGUGCAACUGAGGUCUUCAAACUAAUCACAUUCUGUUACAAUUAUUUGGAUAAUUACAUGAAUUUCAGUGAUAUUGAUGGAGUUUAUACCUAUGGUUUUUCUGUUGAACGCAAAGCUGAUUGUCUUGCCUGUAACAAUGUGCCUCGAACUCUUCGUUUGCAGACUGGUUGUGCACUAAGAGAUCUUAUAAAUGUUUUGAAGACAGAUCCUGAAUUUCAAAUGCAGUCACCCAGUAUAACAACAAUUAUUGAUGAUCAACAUCGUUCAUUGUAUAUCAAUCUUCCAGAAUUGGUUGAUACAUUGAAACCGAAUUUGUCUAAAACCCUUCAAGAACUUGGUCUUAUUAAUGGUCAAAUCAUUCAUGUUAGUGAUAUUACAACACCUAGAACAUUAUCUAUAAAGCUUCAAUUGGAUGAUAACAGACCAAAGAAAUCUUUCAAAUUGGUGACCUUGAUUCAUGAACCAUAUGCUACACAUGACGCAUGGCAUCCAACUAUACCCCCUCCACCGGAAUCAGGUCCUACAGGUUGUUGCACAUGGUCAAGUUUAUUUUCCGAUCCUAUAUCAAAGCCAAUCAUUAUUGAUGUACGAAGUCCUGAUGAAUUUAAUGAAGAUCACAUUCAUGGAGCAAUAAAUAUUCCUAUUUUAAAUAAUGAAGAAAGAGCAAUCGUUGGCCGUUUAUACAAUCAAGAAGAUCGUGUUCAAGCUCGCCUUUAUGGUGCAUCUCUGGUCUGUGCCAAUAUUAGUCGUUGUUUGAAAGAACUUGCUUACCAAUAUGGUUUACAACUAGACAAUUCGGUUCCUGUAAAUCAUCACUUUACGGGAAACAGAAAAGUUAUAAAAUAUCCCGAUUUUUUUAUUUACUGUUGGCGUGGCGGUCAAAGAUCUAAUUCUUUAGCAACUAUAUUAUCUGAAGUAGGCUGGCCAGGCAAUAUAUAUGCACUUGUUGGUGGAUAUCGUUCUUGGCGUAGACUUCUACUUCGUCAGUUAGAUGCAUGGCCACGUUGGUCUAUACUUAGUCCGUUUUGGGUCAUAUCUGGUCUUACUGGUUCCGGGAAAUCUUUGAUACUUCAAGAGUUACACAAUUAUGGUGAAACCGUUUUCGAUCUAGAAGCUUUAGCUAAACAUAAAGGUUCAAUGUUUGGUGGUGGUAAUGUAUUAUCAGAUAGUGACACUAACUAUCAUCAAAGCACUACCAAUAAAGGAAGUCCACAAAAGUUUUUUGAAUCUCAACUUCAUCAUGUAAUAAUGACAAAUAAGCAUCGAUUAUCUUCCUGCAAAAAUAUUUUAUGGAUUGAAUGUGAAUCACGGUAUGUUGGACCAGUUUGUGGGUUAUCUGAUGGUUUAUGGUCACGAUUAAGAUCUACAGAUCCAAAUGUUGGAACCCAUCGAAUAUGGAUUGAUAUUACAGAAGAAGCAAGAGUUGCUUGGAUUUUAGAAAAUUAUUCUACUGCUACUCGGAAUGUUCCACAAAUUUUAGCUAUUCUCAAAAGUUUAAAUGAAUAUAUACCAAAUAAACUAAUUAAUCAAUGGACUGAAAUGAUCCAUCGUGAAGAUUUCACUAGUUUUGUCACAGGUUUACUUCGACAUCAUUAUGAUCCAUUGUAUAUAAAAAAUCGUCAUCAAAUGAUGGAAGAUGCUAAAAAGAAUGGUUUAUUCCAUCGUAUAUCUUUACCUAAUGUUGAUAAAACAAUGAUACAAACUAGGAUUAUACCACAGAUAUUAGAUUUAGCAUAUACUACUACAAUUUCUUCAGAUAUAAAUCAGCAUCGAUUACAUCAUUUACUGCCUAAAAGCAUUCAAAUGAAUCUUUGUAGUCAUUUGACUAAUUCUCUACGGUUAUAUACAAAUUUCAGUUUGGGAAACAAAUUGCUUCAGUCAUCCAAAUUCUCACCAUCAUACCUUACUAGCUUAAAUCCUCUACAAAUUUAUAAAUAUGGAUUGUCAACAAGCUGCAGUUUAAAUCGCCGUCCUGGUAUAACAUAUCCGCGGCCAGUUAGUCGCUAUUGGGCAAUUAGUAAAGUGAUGGAUCCUCAUCAGUAUACAGUUGACGCAAUGCCAUUGGUACGAACAGGAGGACGAGGACCUGACGGUAAAAUUCAACUAAAACAUGUUACAACUGGAUUAAAUCGUCCAUGGUUUAUGGUGGAUAAUAAUCGUUCCAGACAAGUUUUAACUAAAACUAUCCAUGAAGAAUUAGUAUUACAGGUCAAAAAAACAUGGUGGAGACAUCCGUUUAUUGCUUUAGUAGCUUCAGGUGAAGUGAAAAGAUGGAUUAUUGCAACUGUUAAUAUGAAACCUGGAGAUGUUAUACGUUCACACGUUGAUAUCCCUACUAUACCAGUUGAUCCAAAAGAAGGUGAUGCUCAUCCAGUUGGUGCAUUACCAGUUGGUACAAUCAUUAGUCAAUUUGAAAUAAAACCUGGUCAAGGUGCUUUAUUUUGUCGUACAGCAGGAUCUAGUGCAACAAUAUUUCGACGAGGAAAAUAUGUUGGUACAAAAUUAAAUGAUGAUUUAAAUUUAACAUCUUCAACUAAUGAACUAGGAGAUGAAUAUGUUGUAUUUGUUAGAACAAAUGGAAAACGUAAAAUUUAUCGACUUUUACCAACAUGUAUGUCUGUAGUUGGACAAGUUUCUAAUCAAAAUCAUGAUCAAUUUAAAUUUCGUAAAUUCGGUGAAAAGAAAUGGAGAGGAAUUAAACAACGCAGUGGAUUGUGGCAGCGUAAAACAGGAAGAUUUGGUCGGAAAAUACGACCGAUCGGUCCACCUGUUGAUCUUGUCUCAAAUUUCACCAUACGUAAGGAACAAGAAAUGUAUGAAGCUUUACAUUCAAGAAAUAUACCAAGACCAAAACCCAUUCCUGGACGUUACAAUGCAUUGCCCGACAAAAUGCGACGAUAUCGUUGGUGUUCUUGGUCAUCUGUACGAUAA